AUUAGUUAUCGUACAAGUAGUGUAUCAUCUGUAAAUGUUCAAAAUUGAUCAAUGUGAGGUAUUGUAAUUAUUUAGACGUGUUUCAAGUGUAUAUUUGCUUGUUUUAGUCAAAACAUUCAGAUAUGGGAACCGCGCUUUAAAAGAGACACAAGAAUACAAGGAAGGAAACCUCGGAACACUCGUACACAGCUGUGAACCGUUCGAUACGAGAAAAUGGUCAUGACAGAUCAAAACAGCUGCUUGACAAAUUCCUUUUUUACCUAAAAGAAACUGUCUACAUGUACAGAGUGUGUUUUAGGGCUUACUUUUAGAACAAAUAUAUAUAAAAUUGACAUUUCGAAAAAUAAUGACUUUCAAGUGUGAUCAAUGUGGUGCUGCCUUUGCAUUGAAACAUCAAUUAAAGCGGCAUAUUCUUAUUCACACGGGAGAGAAACCAUUUAAGUGUGAAAUAUGCGGUGCCGUCUUUACACAGAGAUGUUACUUAAAGAGUCACAAUCGAGUUCACACAGGAGAGAAGCCAUUCAAGUGUGAAAUAUGUAGUGCUGUAUUUGCACAGAAAUGUAACUUAAACAGCCAUAUACGAAUUCACACAGGAGAAAAACCAUACAAGUGUAAAAUAUGUGGUUUUGAUUUUGCUCAUAAACGUAGCUUAGAAAGUCAUAUGGCCGCUCACACAGGUGUGAAAAGAUUCAAGUGUGAAAUGUGUACCUCUUAUUUUACAUUUAAACAUCAUUUGCGUAACCAUAUGGCAAUUCACACAGGACUGAAACCAUUUAAAUGUAAAAUGUGUAGUGUUUCUUUUACAUUUAAACAGCAAUUACAGAAGCAUAUUCGUACUCACACAGGCGAGAAACCAUUCAAGUGUGAAAUAUGCAGUGCUGAAUUUGCACAGAAAUGUGAUUUAAAUAGCCAUAGUCGAAUUCACACUGGAGAGAAAACAUUCAAGUGUGAAAUUUGCAGUACUGGUUUUACACAGAAAUACAAUUUAAACAGCCAUGUCCGAAUUCACAAUCGAGAAAAACCAUUCAAGUGUAAAAUGUGCAAUGCUGAUUUUACACGGAAAAGUAGCUUAAAGACCCAUUUGCUACUUCACUCUGGAGAGAAACCAUUCAAGUGUGACAAAUGUGGUGCUGCUUUUACACAUCGACCCACUUUAACGCGCCAUAUCCAGAUUCACACUGGAGCGAGACAAUUCAAGAGUUAGAUAUUCAGUGCGGUUUUAACAUAGAAAUUUUAUUUAACAAGCCAUAUAUAAAUUCAUACUGAAGAGAAAACAUACAAAUGGGUCAAAUAUUGUGCUGCUUUAUUUUUGAAUCAAAAUUCACAGAUACAUAUAUGCCAAUAUCACGGACUAGAGACGGAAUGAAUUGUCAUAAGCCAGUGGCAAAAAGUUAAAAAUAUGCGAUGUUGCUUCUGAGAGGCCUUUCAAGUGUGGGGUAUGUGAUGCAGCUUUCUCUCAGAAAAUUAGUUUACAAAAACACUUUAAAAAAGAAUACACACGGGAGAGAAGCCAUACAAAUGUGCGAUUUGCGGUGCUGAUUUC